AGAGUCCACUUGGCCUAUCUAUCACUGAUCAAAAAGAAUCUUUUGUGCUCUAAACAAGCAAAUAGCUUUGUCUUCAGGCAAAGCAAGACUUGGUAAGAUGGUUCAAAGGAAGACUACUUGUCAAGCAAUCAAGUCUCACAAUCUCCAACCUGAAACUCGGUUUGGACCAGACAUGAUGAUGAUGAUGAUGAUGAUGAUGAAGCGAACAAAACCUAAGAGGAAGCUUAAAGAAAGUCCUGUUUCUCAACCAGGUAAGACACAAUCACCCCCAAGUAAGCAUGAUCUUGUUGCUAAACGGACAGGUAGGUCACCUAAUUACAUGAAAGGCACAUCUAGCUCUGAGGCAAGGAUGGAGAACAAGAAAAUAUUCAAUCAGAAGAACCAAACCGGCAAGAAAGAGAGUCGUAGUAACAAGCCGGGUUCGAGGAUGGUUAGGAGUUUGACAAAGGCUCCGAGUUUCAAGAGAUGUUCACAGAGAGCUACUUGUUCCUCGACUCUUAAAGAUUCCAAGUUUCCUGAGUAUCUGACGGUUAACCAUGGUGGAACUGAUGAUGGUGAUGUUAGUGGAACCUCUGUUUUAAGAGUCUGUCCUUACACGUAUUGUUCACUUAAAGGUCAUCUUCAUAAGCAGUGUCCUCCUUUGAAAAGCUUCAUAUCCUCGAGGAGACAGAGUUUGAAGUCUCAGAAGAGUGUGAAAAAGGAAGAUGUUGUGGAGAUGUAUGUAGAGGAGAAGAAAGAGUGUGAGGAUGUAGAUGAAGGAACUUGUGAGGUUGAUGUUGAUACUCAAAUCUCGGAGAUUGUCUCUGUAGGAGCACCUCGUUCUGAGACUGAUUCUGAUGAGUACUCUGACACUUCAGAGAUUGUGAAGUUUUCGGAAGUUGAUGAUGACAUACAGUUACAAGAAUCUGAUUUGGAGGAGACUCUUGUAGCAGAGACUGUGAAAGAGGUCCAAGAGACUUGUGAGGUUGAUGAUGACUCUGAUAGUGCAGAGAUGGUGAGUUCUUUAGAAGGUGAUCAUGACACUAAGUUAAAAGAAUCUGACAUGGAGGAGACUUUGGCUGAUGACUCAGUGAAACAGAUCCAAGAGGAAGCAAACAGAGAAGAAGAUGCUGAUCAAUCUUAUUGCUUUAACUCUGAAGCAGAUGAUGCUGAUGAAGAAACAUUAAAGGAUAGCAAAGAGGAGUCUCAGGACCAAACUGAAGCUGUCCCAACGUUAGAGGAAACUGCAAAGAUUCCAUAUAACCGUAAACAAAGGCCAUGCAACCAAGAAGGAGAGUCAGAUGCAACCGUCUCAUGGACUAUCAUCAAAUGCAAGAAACCUGCAGCAGAGACAGAGGAUUUAAGGGAAUUCAACCCAAGGGAACCCAAUUACCUUCCUGUUUCUGUUGAUGCGGAUGCAGAGAAUGUUGACCUCAAGCAUCAGGACAUGGAUGAGAGGAAAAACUCAGAGGAUUGGAUGUUUGAUCAUGCUCUCCAGCGUGCUGUUACCAAACUUUCCUCAGCAAAGAAGAGGAAAGUCGCAUUACUCGUGGAGGCAUUUGAAACUGUGAAACCUGUUGUGCAGCAUGGUAGAGAACCUGAUCCUGUACUGAGUUAUGGAAGACACCUUCAGACAUGCAGUUAACAGAGGUCAGAGAAUGAUUGAAGGAGAGGAGGAAUGGCUUUUUAUUAUUAACUAGUAAGAUAAGAACCAAUGAGUAAGGGGGCAAACUUUGAUGGUUCAUUACCUUAAGCUCUUUGUGUUGUAGUUAUAUGAUUGAUAUAGUCCUCCUUAAAUCUGUGAGGAGAGGGCUCAGUGUGUUAUUGCUUUGAGACUAUUUUAUGGGACAAUUAUGAGUUCUAUACUUCUAUGCAAGUAUGCAACUAUUUGAAAUUGUGAUUGAAAUGAACGCUGUUGUUGAUUGUCA